AGCCCGGACCUGUGCCCCAACAUGAUCGCCGCGCAGGCCAAGCUGGUCUACCAGCUCAACAAAUACUACACGGAGCGCUGCCAGGCGCGCAAGGCGGCCAUCGCCAAGACCAUCCGGGAGGUGUGCAAGGUCGUGUCGGACGUGCUGAAGGAGGUGGAGGUGCAGGAGCCGCGCUUCAUCAGCUCCCUAAGCGAGAUCGACGCCCGCUACGAGGGGCUGGAGGUGAUCUCGCCCACCGAGUUCGAGGUGGUGCUCUACCUCAACCAGAUGGGCGUCUUCAACUUCGUGGACGACGGCUCCCUGCCGGGCUGCGCCGUGCUCAAGCUGAGCGACGGCCGCAAGCGCAGCAUGUCCCUCUGGGUGGAGUUCAUCACCGCCUCGGGCUACCUGUCCGCCCGCAAGAUCCGCUCCCGCUUCCAGACGCUGGUGGCCCAGGCCGUGGACAAGUGCAGCUACCGGGACGUGGUGAAGAUGAUCGCGGACACGAGCGAGGUGAAGCUCCGCAUCCGGGAGCGUUACGUGGUGCAGAUCACGCCCGCCUUCAAGUGCACCGGGAUCUGGCCGCGCAGCGCGGCGCAGUGGCCCAUGCCCCACAUCCCCUGGCCCGGCCCCAACCGGGUGGCGGAGGUGAAGGCGGAGGGCUUCAACCUGCUCUCCAAGGAGUGCUACUCGCUGACGGGCAAGCAGAGCUCGGCCGAGAGCGACGCGUGGGUGCUGCAGUUCGGCGAGGCCGAGAACCGGCUGCUGAUGGGCGGCUGCCGGAACAAGUGCCUGUCGGUGCUGAAGACGCUGCGCGACCGGCACCUGGAGCUGCCCGGGCAGCCCCUCAACAACUACCACAUGAAGACGCUGCUGCUGUACGAGUGCGAGAAGCACCCGCGGGAGACCGACUGGGACGAGGCGUGCCUGGGCGACCGGCUGAACGGCAUCCUCCUGCAGCUCAUCUCCUGCCUGCAGUGCCGGCGCUGCCCCCACUACUUCCUGCCCAACCUAGACCUCUUUCAGGGCAAACCCCACUCGGCCCUGGAAAGCGCUGCCAAACAGACCUGGAGGCUAGCCAGAGAAAUCCUCACCAAUCCCAAAAGCCUCGACAAGCUAUAGGGUUAACACCCCCGCGCACAAAAACUCGCCCUCCGUAAACAACAACAGCGCCUAAAAAACUUUUUAUUUAACGCGAACGACGACGGAAAGAGGC